UACAUGGCCAUGGCAGAUAACAGGCAAAGAUACAUGCCGUUGCCUGAUGACCGUUUACCACCCAGAGGCCAACCCCUGGCAUAUCCCGAGGCAGUUCUACUCGUCAAUCCUAUCGAGCCUGAUCUUAAAGGAGAAGUGGAUGACAAGUACCAAUACUCAUGUGACAACAAGGAUAGCCGGGUACAUGGGUGGAUAUGCGCUGAUCCGCCGGUGGGAUUGUGGCAAAUUACACCCAGCAACGAGUUCCGAUCUGGUGGACCUGUGAAGCAAAACCUUACCUCUCAUGUUGGCCCUACCACCCUUGCGGUGUUUCUAAGCGCUCAUUAUUCCGGAGACGAUCUGGUGCCAAAAUUUGCAGCUGGUGAAUAUUGGAAGAAAGUUUUCGGCCCUGUUUUUAUGUAUGUCAAUUCGGAAUAUGCAGGAAAUGACCCGUUGAUUUCGCUAUGGGAGGAUGCUAAAAUACAAAUGAUGAUUGAAGUCCAAAGCUGGCCAUACAGCUUCCCAGCGUCUGAAGAUUUUCCCAAGUCGGACCAACGUGGUGACGUUAGUGGUAGACUACUUAUCCGAGACGGAUAUAUUAGCGAUGAUUAUAUAUCAGCCAAUGGUGCAUAUGUCGGGUUAGCCCCGCCAGGAGACGUUGGGUCAUGGCAAAGAGAGUGCAAGGACUAUCAAUUUUGGACAACAACAGACGAGGAUGGCUACUUUUCUAUCAAUGACAUACGGACUGGUGAUUAUAUGCAUGGGUAGUAAACAUGGCUACACAUGAAUAUAUCUGAUUGGUCAUGGCACUAGCUGGGAAUAAAGCAGAUCUAGUAGAGUCAACUCUCGGUCAAUAUGCACUUGUUGCUUUAUUUUAGCAUUCUUACUAUGGUGUUUGAAAGCUUUUAAAUUUUUUAUUUUAUUCUUUUCUUAUAAGGGAACACGUAAAGCCAUGAAAGAUGUUUGUUUGAAAUAUAAUUGAUGUCAAGAUUUUGCUUCUAGUUAGUUUGUUAGUCAUGAGGUAUCAUCUUGUUUCUUGCUAUGUUCUUGCUCUAAUUGGGCUCGUCGUUUGAAGGUUAUUGUUGUUUUCUUGCAAGCUAAUAUGUUCUCUAAUCUAUUCUCUGAUUUGCUUCAAAGGGCUGUAAGACAUCAUUUUGCUCUUUGUGCUGGCUUGCUGUAAGAAAAUGGAUCCUUAUUUACUGGCUAUCAUUUUCAUGGAUGCCCACAAUAGCAAAGACAAAUUUAAUCAUGCUUUGGGUUAUGCAUAUAUACUCACGCACCCCGGAAUACCUUCCGUCUUCGAUGACCACUUCUAUGAUUCGGGUGAUUCCAUUCAUGAUCAGAUUGUGAAACUGGUACAGCAGUAUGGCUAGCUAGUUCUUUUAUUAACUUGUGUCUAGUAGAAAUUCUUCCUUCUUUAAGCAUUUGGACUUGUCUGCAUGUCCAGAUUAGUAGAUAUGGGUCAUUUUGAAUUGAUAUUCAUGAUUAGGUUUGUGUACAUGAGACAAUGGUGGAUUAAUGGAAAUUGUAAUGAAUGAUUUUGGAUGUAGAUUUUAUGGUUUC